AUGUGGUUCUGUUUACAUUUUUGGCUCGGUCGGAUUUCAUACGUUUUUAAGGCUAUUUGACAAUUUUUAAUUAUUUAUCAAUGAGCUGAAGUAAGUUUUAAGCUCCAGCAUGAAAAGCACAAAUUUUGAAAGCACCGUCAGAAUUACCACUGACGUCACAGCUCUGAAAAUCCUCAACAAUCGAAAAAUUUUAGCAGGAAUUGGAGGAUUUAUACACGUGUUCAUCUUGGACGAAACUGGGUCUGCAACGUUGGAUCGCACGGUAAGAGUGCUCGAAGGCCAGAAAAUCCACGGCUUUUGUGAAAAAGAGGAAAAACUGGUUGUUUUUGGAGGCAGACAAUUCCUCGUUGUGGACUGCCGCAGUUUCACCAAAGUAGAAAAGGAGUCAGCUUUUUCACAAUGGAUUCAAGCAGCUCAGUGGUUGGAAGACAAGUCCGUAGCUUUUGCUUUAUCCAACAAUUCCCUUGUGCUGUGGAAGGAUGGAAAAAUUUCUCAAGAGGUCAUCUGCCCCAUCCAGUGCAUAAUAUAUUCAGCUUUGCUGUUAGGUACAAAUUGGGACUCUUUAGUUGCCUUUUCAGGCACCGUCUUCUCAGAAGUUCUGAUUUGGAACACUAGUGGGCACGUUCUAAACCAGCUGAAAGGCCACAAAGGGGUGAUUUUCAGCAUUUCCUAUGAUGAACAACGACAGCAUCUUCUGACAAGCUCCGACGACAGAUCGGUCCGAGUUUGGCAACAAACGGAGAGGCCAAAUCAAUUCGAGCAGGUGCAGGAGCUCUACGGACACCAGUCAAGAGUCUGGAGAGCCCUUCCAACCAAAAUGGGCCUUGUCAGCAUUGGAGAGGAUUCGGUGAUUUGCCAAUGGGAUGAAAGUGGAAAGGUGAUAUCGAAAUUCUGUGCCCACCAAGGUGGAAGUGUUCGGAGCGCAGACAUAUUCUCAAACUUGUUGGUCACUGGUGGAGCAGACGGUGGUAUAAUGUGUUGGAAGCUGAGCUCAAAGUUGAAGGUGAAGCAAAGUGAUCUCACGGUGGACCUGAGGAGAGUAUUGUGGAAUUCUGCAGGGCAGCUUCUUUUGGUCGGAGGCGAUGAAAAACUUUACCUUCAGGAUUCCAUUGGUCCCAAAAGGUUGCUGCCCAACUACGCAGUGCAGCUUAUUGACUCAAGUGAAAAUUUUACUUUUAUGAGUACCGUCGAAGGGGUUUUGACCAUAGUUAAAGGAGAUUCAUCUUCUCUUGAAUUGGCUGCUGAAGGAAAAGUGUCGGACGGUGCAGCAGUUUUGAGCUUAGUCCUUUUGAAUACAUCAACUUUUCUUAUUUCUUUGAGCAAUGGCGAGCGAGUAUUUUGGUCUCACCAUGACAAGCAGCUUAAGAAAAUAGCCUCAUAUGUGAUGGGUCCAAGGACAAAAGGUGCCUCCACCGGUAUUCUCAUAGAAACGUUUUGCCUUAUUGGGGACCAAGAAGGAUUUUUACAGCUUUUUGAUAUGUCAAGACAGGAGCUCGUACAAAAUUUAAACCUCAAGUCAGAGGGAAUAACUGGUCUCUGUCAAUACAGAGGCUUAAUUUGGGCUAGUUGUAAGGAGGGAAGGCUCCUGAAUUUGAUUCUCAACAAAGGAAAUAUUGAAGUCAUCAACGCAGGUCAGCCCCGACUUGGAAUGCUGGCCGGCUUGGAAGUUUUGGACAUAGGACUUCUCCUUUACUCAUUCCACAAGGAAUAUUUCUCUGCAUGGUCAUGGGAUCAACAAAGACCUAUUUUCCGACUCCACUGCCCAGGUGGAGGGCAUAGGUCAUGGAGCUUUAAAAUAAGUGACCAAAAAACCUUGUGCUUUGCAUUUAUCAGGCACAAAAAUGCAUUUUAUUUAGAAAAGCCUAUGAGUGAUAUCAUGGCGCCUGCGAUUAGGAUUGGCCUGCAUUUGAAUUUGGUCAAUUGUAUGGUGCCUUUGGAUGACGGCCACUUGCUGUCCGGAGGAGAGGAUGGCUCACUUAGGAUUUACAAGGAGGAUGUAGGAACUCCAUUAACUGUUAUCCAGGCUCAUUUGUCAAGCGUCAAAUCGCUGCUGAAAAGCAAAUCUAUUCUAGUCAGUGGAGGAGGACGAGCUCAAAUAACAAUUUGGAAAAUUUUCAACAUAGGAUCAAAUUUGGUAAUGAAGUCACUCAUUAGCCACAUGCUUCUUGAAAAUGGCGACAAGCCUGACAAAACUCCUUGGAGAGACACAUACCAGAACCCCAGGCCUGACCCUGAGACUCGGUACAUGUCCUUCUGCAAAAUAUCCCAUGAAGACGAGUGCUUGGUAUUUUUGGCAGCCUGUUCCGACUCUUUUCUAAGGUUGUUUGAAUUCUGUGAUGCAUCUUUGGAACUGAAAAAAACCAUCGCACUUCACAAAAGUUGUGUCAUUGCUGUUAGUUCUUCGAUCAAUUUUGUUGCUUCUGGAAGUUCCGAUGGUAUUGGAGCUGUCUGGAACAAAAAUUCCCUGCUUUCCGAGAAAGCAACACCCCUGUGGAGUGGGAGACUGCACCAAGGCGGAGUGACUUCCAUUGUGGUAACAGAUGAAAAACUACUGCUUUCUGGAGGAGACGAUGGUAUUUUGAGAAUCAGCACUUUUGCCAAUCAGCUUUCAACAAUCCAUCUAUUUGAAUAUUCUAAUCAAGUCACAGGAAUUGAAGUCUUUGCCAACUUUGCCAUAUCUACAACUAGCGGCCAAAAGGUGAGUGUUUGGGAAAAUGAUAGCAGCACAGGAUGGUGCAAAAAAUGGGAGAAAACUUCCGAAGUUUCAGACCUCCAAGGUUCAGCAAUCAUCAAGAGCACUCAAUCUACUGCGAGAUUCUCUGUAUUUGGGAGAGGCAACGAGGUGCUGCAAUUGAAUUUUUUGCAAUAAAGGUAACAUGCACUAGCUGAUAAUUUCCUACGCUUACGCUUUUUUAUUAUCAUUUUUCAUUAACAUAACAAGACAACAGUUACCACAGACGUUAACAUGAAUUUGGUACUUUUUAAUAAUUUUAAUACUUAUGGAAGGCUCAUCAACACUUUUGCCUUUUCGGCUAAGCUCAUUAUUUGCUCCGAGGCGUUUAUUGUCUGGUCUUCCAAGUAGCUCUUACUGUUUGACUCCGCAUCCUCCAAAAAGUAUCUUAAAAUAUAUACAAAAUUUGAAAGUAGACUAUG